AUGACGGACGAUCACCACACUUACGGUGCCAAGUGUCGCUUGGCACCUGCUACUCGAAUUGAACGCGAAGAUGAGGUUCCUCCAGUUCGGGCUCAAUUCUUCUAUUCGUCUAUCAUUCCUAUCGACGACCCUCUCUCGACGUCUUCAACUGUUGGCGCCGAUACCAAGACAAACAAGGGUCAAGUGCGACCUUUUGCAAGAGGGGAUAACAAUGCGUUGGAAAAGGCUUGGUUGGGUCUCAUGUCCGAGUCUGCUCGUCGUGCCCAUCAGGAGGCACUGGAGAGUCAAGGGCGUGUUCCUAAAUUCGACUCAGAUCGAUUGGCAUCGAUCAUACAAGCCAUCACCGCAAAACAUUGGGAAAGGCAUCGUAAAGGUUAUCAGCCACAAGACGUAGCAGCACCCACCGGCGAUAUUCUGCCCACAACACCUGUGGCCGCCUGUUGUUCCGAGCUGGUCAUUGACGUCGCCGAGGAAUUGGAACGAGGCUUCUGUGCACUCAUUAGGAAGCGCAACACAGCUUUGAGUAUUGACCGAGUCGUGCAGCAAGUCGUGCUUGCUCUUGAAAGACUGAGAAAACAAGCCAGCCACGACCUCGAGACUCAGCAGUUGCCAGGGAGCCCACCAUUUAGCCGUCCAGGGACGGCUUCUACCACUAACACGAAUCACCCGAUUGCUCGUAUGCCCAAGACGACAACUGACUCCAACAGCUCUAAACGCCGAUCGACCAUAAGUGAACCGAGAACCAGGACGAACAGCCUCUCAAUGGCUCAACCCAUCGGGCAACAACCUCGAUCCCAGACACCUUUUGGAAGUUUGGGUCAUGCGCGGCCUCCGGUCCUUGAUGACGGAAUAUCUGGCAGACCAUUCCUACGUGUAGGAAGCCCAGAAACACAAUCAGAACCUGGGUCUCUCCCAUUACCUGGCGUAAGUGUUCUGGCCUGCAAUCUUCCCCAGACAAAAGGUCAAUCUCAAACGACUGUUGGCCAAGAGGACUCUACACAAGCCACCAAUCGAGAAGGAACAAAGGCAGUGGAGGCGAUCCAGCCCAGCGUUGCCGAGGUUGCAGUAGGAAUAUCAAGAUUGCAUAUGGUUGCCUUGCCAAUGCUUCAAAUGAAACCAAUAUACUGGUCCCCUAUCAACGAUGUCGCAGUCGUAUCUCGAGCAACAUGGUUUUAUAGAGACACGAUGCUUCCAGUACCACCCGCAGUAGCGAAUCAACUUGAGGCCGGAUAUCAUGACCUGCGGCCCUGGACCGAAACCUGGAGUGACGAGCUCCGGUGUGCCAUCGACGUCGGGCCCCUGGGAGAAGAGAAGGUAUCGCAUAGACUCUGGUCUAAAGAGCUAGAGAUCGGUGCUGAUGACGAUUUUCCGGAGCCAACUAUACCAAAUGAUCCGUUUUGCGCAGCUCGUUGCUUUCGUGGUGAAGCAUCUGCCGAGGGUACCGUUAAUGCGAACCCAGUUACCAAAGCCGCGGCGGAAGAGCAACAUCAUCAGACACGACCUUAUUCCAACUACCACGUCUUAUAUAGGAACGCUAAAGAAGCGUUUCUGCUAAAACCAAGCCUGAAGCCGUCGGCGUACUAUGGCCGAAGACCAGUGUUGAAAGUCAUGAAGGGUGUUACAAUUGGAAUUCCGGUGGUCCGGGGAUUCGAUCGCGCUGCAUGGGAACGUCUUCAUCAUAAGAAGCAGACACCUAACAAGGCGGGUGCCUCUGCCGCGGACGAGUCGCAUGAAAGCACAGGGCAGGAUGUAUGUACAGCUUGCAAAGCGGACAAAGAAAAGUACCAGGUCACAGAUCUGGUCUUAGUAGCUCACGGCAUCGGCCAAAAGUUUGCCGAAAGGGUGGAGAGUUUCCACUUCACCCAUGCCAUCAAUGGCUUCCGUCGAGCGGUUAACAUGGAGCUUCAGAGUCCUUUGGUAAAGCAGGUCUUGCGCGAAGAUCAGAAUGGGUUGAUGAUUCUACCCCUGAAUUGGAGAAUGGGCCUUUCAUUCGAGGAUGGAGGACCUAUGAGAGAAGAAGACAAAGACGAAUACACCCCAGAAGGUUUUGGGCUUAAAGAUAUCGAGCCCGACACAAUCCCUGCUGUCCGCAGCAUGAUAUCGGAUAUCAUGUUCGAUAUCCCGUUCUAUAUGUCUCACCACAAAGGCAAGAUGAUCAAGGCACUUGUGUCAGAAGCAAAUCGUGUCUAUCGACUGUGGUGUCGUAAUAACCCGGGAUUUGCUGAACACGGACGUGUCCAUAUGAUUGGGCAUUCGCUCGGCAGCGCCAUGGCUCUCGAGGUUCUCUCAAAUCAACCGACUGAAGUUCCUAGACUGGACUUGACAAAGAAGGAACCAGAAACAAAGUUUUUUGAGUUUGACACGAAGAAUCUUUUCCUAGCAGGUAGUCCCGCGGGUUUCUUCCUCCUUCUUGAACGAGGGGUGCUUAUGCCUCGCCAUGGCCGUAUGAAACCUGGAGCUGACUCGAACGACAUCGUCUCGAAGGACGUAGUGGCAGAGGCUGGCACUUUUGGUUGUUUGGCUGUUGACAACAUCUACAAUAUCCUUGCCAAGGAGGAUCCUAUUGCAUAUCUUCUCAACGGUGCUGUUGAUCCCAUUUACGCAGCUAGCCUAAAGAAGGCGUAUGUGCCUAGCAUUUCUGGGUCUCUCUGGAAAUCUGUUGGUGCCGCCAUGCGUGGAGUAGUUCCAGGUAUGGCACCAGCACCAAAUCCACUCAUACCAGAACCGGAGCGGCCAGCGACGAUUCGACUGCCUUCUCAAUUAGAGCUUGAGGUUCAUGAUUUCACCCGCGAAGAAACUGCUGAAAGAAAGGCGUUCCUGCUAAACGACAAUGGACAAAUUGAUUGGUACCUACGUUCAGGGGGAGGGCCAUUGGAGAUCCAGUAUCUAAACAUGCUCAGUGCGCACUCCAGUUAUUGGACCAACCAUGACUUUAUCAGAAUGCUGUGCAUUGAGAUCGGGAGGACACCUGGCCGAGCCCAUUCCAUUCCCGCCCUGCGGGCAGUGAAGGCAGCGAAGCGACUACUGGCAGACUGA